UGUCUGUGAGCCUGCAGGGGAGCAGCAGAAACUCUGAAUAACCUGUGUACAACAGCUUGGGUACAAAGCCCAGAUGUGGGGAAAAACUACCUGGAAACUGAAUUGCAAAUCUGAGAACUCGGCUGUCUGAGCAGUGUGUUCUGCACUGAGAACAAAUGUGGCACAAGGCAGACCUGACUGUGCAGGCAGAUCUUCUCACCUCGGAAGCAGAGAUCCUGAACACAGCCAUUCUCACUGGGAAGACAGUGGCUGUGCCUGUCAAGGUGGUGUCUGUGGAAGAUGAUGGGACUGUGACCGAUCUGGUGGAAUCUGUGGAGUGCAGAUCCUCAGAUGAAGAUGUCAUCAAGGUUUCUGACAGAUGUGACUACGUCUUUGUCAAUGGGAAGGAAAUGAAAGGCAAAGUGAAUGUCGUGGUUAAUUUUACCUACCAGCAUCUGAGCGCCCCUUUAGAAAUGACAGUGUGGAUUCCUCGGCUGCCGCUGCAGAUAGAGGUGUCUGACACGGAGCUGAACCAGAUCAAGGGCUGGAGAGUCCCCAUCAUCUCCAACAAGAGGCCGGCCAGGGACAGCGAUGACGAGGACGAGGACGAGCGCCGGGGCCGGGGCUGCACUCUGCAGUACCAGCACGCCAUGGUCAGGGUGCUCACCCAGUUUGUGGCCGAAUCCACCGAGCCCGGGGCUCCUGUGAGCCAUUUGCUGGGCUCAGACUGGCAGCUGGACAUCACCCACCUGGUGAGGGACUCCAUGCAGGUGGAGGAGCCCAGGAUUGCCCAGCUGCAGGACGGGCAGGUGCUGGUGGGGCUGGAGCUGGGCAUGACCACCAUCCAGAUCCUGUCCCCCCUUUCCGAUGCCAUCYUGGCUGAGAAGACAGUGACAGUUCUGGAUGAGAAGGUGACAAUAACUGACCUGGGAGUGCAGCUGGUGACAGGACUGUCCCUCUCUCUGCAGCUCAGCCCGGGGAGCAACAGGGCCAUCUUUGCCACGGCGGUGGCACAGGAGCUGCUGCAGUCCCCAAAGCAGGAAGCAGCCAUCAGCUGCUGGAUCCAGUUCAGUGACGGAUCUGUCAUGCCYCUGGAUAUUUAUGACCCCAAAGAUUUCUCCCUGUCAGCCACAUCCCUGGAUGAGAAGGUGGUGUCCAUCCACCACGACCCCAAAUUCAAGUGGCCGGUGAUCGCUGCAGAGACGGAGGGCCAGGGGACACUGGUGAAGGUGGAGAUGGUGAUCAGCGAAUCCUGCCAGAAAUCCAAACGGAAGAGCAUCCUGGCUGUGGGCAGUGGCAGCAUUAAAGUCAAGUUUGGGCAGGGGGAUGGCAGCCCCAACAUCAGUGACAGCAGGCACAGGGGAGCGGGCGUGCAGCUGGACAGGCAGGGCGGUGACCGGCGCCACAGGGGCGGCUGGCAGGACAGGGACAGGGACAGGGACAGGGACAGAGCCCGGGGGGACGGCCACUACUACAGCUCCUCCAUGGGCCACGAGCAGGGCCACAGRACCACCACCCACMGGUCCAUCCUGAGCAGGAAGGAGGACAGAGAGAGCCUGCUGGAUGAUGACAGCCAGAACCUGCCCAUGGACUUCACCAGCUUCCCGGUGCAGGUGGAUCUGCCCAGGGACACCACGGGCUCCGAGGACAAUGAGCUGCUGCAAUCCCCCCGUGGCCUCAGCGACCUGGAGAUCGGCAUGUACGCCCUGCUGGGAGUGUUCUGCCUGGCCAUCCUGGUGUUCCUCAUCAACUGCGUCACCUUUGCCUUGAAAUACAGGAACAAGCAGGUUCCCUUCGAGGAGCAGGAGGGCAUGAGCCACUCCCACGAUUGGGUUGGGCUGAGCAACAGGACAGAGCUGCUGGAGAACCACAUCAACUUGUCAGCGCAGCAGGACGAGCGCRUCACAGCCAUCGACAGGGACUACGAGGAGAGCAAGUACCUCCUCGACACAAACGCCACCAAAACCAUCAAUGGACAAUCUUUCAGGGCCRCCGAGGCCGCGUUCAGCGAAGGGAAAGAGCAGAAAAGCGAACCGAGCGCUUCUCCUACCUCCAAGAGGAAACGGGUUAAAUUCACCACCUUCACCACCAUCUCCUCUGAUGAUGGGUGCCCGACUGUCAACUCCAUCCUGAUGAGCAAUGAGGAUGACAUCAAAUGGGUCUGCCAGGAUAUGGACCUGGGGGAGUGCAAAGAACUCAAAAACUAUAUGGAGAGAUUACACGAAAAUGCAUAACGAGACACAAAAGAACCUUUUUUUGUUUGGUUUGUUCGUUUGUUUGUUUUUCACUCACCUUCUGCCUUUAAUUUUGGGUAGUGGGGCAAAAUGUUGUAUUCCAAUGAGAAUCAGCUGGUGGAUAAUAACCCAGUGGAGCCCCAAGAAGCCACCCAAAAGCAGCUGGGAGAGCAGAGAUCCUGGACAGCUCUGAAAAUUCAAGUCUUUCUGUGCUCAGAGAUGGAAGUGAGAGAUGUGUGUGGUUUUUUGAUACAAGGUAACAUGAAAAAAAAAMACCUUAGAAAAAUAAUACGGUCUCAUUCUCUGAGCUUUCCCAGGAAAUCAAUAAAUAUAACAAACUCCAGUGCAGUUUGGAUAUUACAGAGUUCACACAGCUCUACUGUUCAAUAUUGCAAGCUUUGGUUAAAAGCAAAAAAUUGGUCCCAGAAUAAAUAGAUCCAUGAAAAGAGCAUGUCGUUCGAGGCACGUGCAGAGAAUAUCCAUCCAGGAACAUUAAUUUACCACUGACAAAAACCAACAGUGUGAGCAAAGCAGCUCCCAGAGCUGAGGAGUCGUGAGUUUCCAAAGAAUCUGGAGGGGAUAAAGGAUCACUGGGCUGUUUACAAACCAGCAUGUUUGCCUCCCAAGCACUGAGAAUGGAUACACGUAUACAGUUCAAACUGAAACUCUCUUUUUAAGUAGAUGCCAAGGUUAUAAACUUUGCCAGCCAAUUUUCGGUAUUUCUUAAUUUGUAAAAUAGGAGAAGAUAUAAUCUAUACUCAGAAUAUCACUCAUAUUAAGGAAGGUCUGUUUUGGAAAGUUUGAGAGAAUGAGCUAUUUUUAAAAGCCCACUUUAUUUGAUUGUCCUGUUUGGAAUUUGUAUUCCCAGCCCUUUCCCCGGAGCGCUCCCCAUCCGGAAUCCUGAGGGUUCUUCCCAAUCAGUCAGCCUUGGAUGGUGUGGUACCUUCCCUUCCCUUCCCUUCCCUUCCCUUCCCUUCCCUUCCCUUCCCUUCCCUUCCCUUCCCUUCCCUCCCCCACCCCUCCCGGUGUCACACUGUCACACUUUCCAUGUGUCAUUUACCAAAGUUGGCCACUGGCCCUGGGCUUGGGGCCACUCGUGCUGAGCUGGACAGCACAGCAGCUCCUGUGUGCAUCCCCUCCCUGUGGGAUUUGGGGCUGUUGAGUUCCCUGUUCAAUUCCCUGUGGGAUUUGGGGCUGUUCAGUUCAGGGUUUUGGGGCUGUUCAGUUCCCCCUGUGGGAUUUGGGGCUGUUCAGUUCCUUCUUCAAUUCCCCUGUGGGAUUUGGGGCUUUUUGGUUCCCCCUGUGAGCUGGGGCUGUUCAGUUCCCUGUUCAGUUCAGGAUUUUGGGGCUGUUCAGUUCAGAGUUUUGGGGCU